AUAUCACUGGAGCCGUCAAGUCGUUUACUUUUCAAAUUUCAACAUCUCUUGACAACCUCAAACGCGAACUCCAAGCCCGCGACAGUGCGCGUUGUAGUUCCGUCAACAUGACCGUAUUCCUCGACUCCCUAUCCUCAGGCCCCAAGUUGGGAGCCAAACCCGUCAAGACUAUGGUGGACUCUAUUACUGCCCCUGCUUCAGAGGCUGAGAUACCGACUGUCGACGGUAUCAAUGGAAUUACAGAUUCCAAACCAAUCCCCAAUGGCACCACAAAUGGUGUCAAGGAUCCCAAAGUCACGACAAAUGGUGCCAACCACACAACAUUUGACCCCUUCAAGCUGAAGCAACAAUAUGCAUUCACCAACGAGAAAGUUCGCGUUAUUACCAUCGGUGCUGGUUUCUCAGGUCUUCUUAUGGCACAUAAGUUCCAGCAUCGCUUCCCAGAAAUGGAAGAAUUCGUCUCGCACACCAUCUACGAAGCUCACAGCGAGGUCGGCGGUACUUGGCUCGUCAACAACUACCCGGGCGUUCAAUGCGACGUCCCUGCACAUAUCUACGCAUUUCCCUUCGACCCCAACCCAAACUGGUCAAGAUUCUACGCAAGUGGUGCCGAAAUUUUGGAGUACUUCAAAACUACUGUAAAGAAGUGGAACCUCGACCGUGACCUACAAUUAAACACGAAGGUUGUUGCAGCCGAGUGGAAAGAAGAUCUUGCGCAAUGGAAAGUGACCGUGGAGAAAGACGGCGUGCGACGUGACGACUUCUGCCAUGUAUUGAUUUCUGGACAAGGUGUUCUUGUUCACGAGAGCUGGCCCAAGAUCGACGGGUUUGAGAAAUUUAAGGGUCACAUCACACACUCUGCAAGAUGGGACCAUAGCUACGAUUACUCCAACAAGCGCAUCGCUGUCAUUGGAAAUGGCUCCUCCGGCAUUCAAAUCGUUCCUCAGAUGGCCAAGCUCCCUGGCACGACCGUACAGAACUUCAUCCGUGGUCCCGCCUGGGUGUACUACAGGGCCCCACCUUCGAAGCAUCUCGGCCGUGAGGUCGACGACCCCAAUCCCCAAUACCUAGACUCCGAGAAAGAGCAAUUCCGAGACCCCGCAUACCACCAGAAGUACAGGAAAGGCAUUGUCAGCCGAACAAACAAAUCAUUCUAUAUCUUCUUGAAGGGCGAGAACAACGAGGCGGGCAUGAAAGCCGCGAGCGCACAGAUGGCCGAGAAGCUGAACCACGACAAGCGGCUAUGCGAUAUGCUGAUUCCCAAAUGGGAGUUGGGAUGUCGACGUAUCACACCUGGACCGGGUUAUCUCGAGUCCUUCCUCAGGGACAACUGCGACCUUACCGACAGCCCAAUCACCGGAAUUAGCGAGAACGCUGUGCACACGGCCGACGGAAAGACCUUUGAGUGCGACGUCAUUGUCUGCGCCACCGGUUUCGAUGUGUCCCACCGUCCGCGAUACCCUAUGAUCGGCCAGAAUGGCAUCAACCUUCGAGAGAAAUGGGCUGAUGAGCCAGAAAGCUACGUCUCCGUCAUGACUCCCGACUUCCCCAACUACUUCAUGAUGAUGGGACCCAAUUGCCUCGGCGGCCACGGCUCCCUGGUCGAGUCCUUGAACUGGACAGGCGACUACUUCGUCAAGUGGAUCAAGAAGAUUGCGAGUGAGGAGAUCAAAUACGUCACGCCGAAGCGAUCCGUUGUGGAUGCCUUCAUGAAAUACGGCGAUGAGGUCCAUAAGACGCUUGUCUGGACCGGCGGUUGCACAUCUUGGUACAAGCGUGGUAGAAAAGACGGCAGAGUCACUGCAUUGUUUGGUGGCUCGGCCCAGGUUUUCAACAGGCUGUUGAGCGAUAUUCGAGGCGAGGACUUCGAUAUCACCUACAAGACUGCGAAUCCUUUCCGAUUCAUGGGCAAUGGGUUCACCGAGUUCGAGUUUGAUGAGAAGAGCGAUUUGUCCUGGUACGUUGAGAUUGCUGAAGAGGCUCAAGGGAAAGGUCCCGAGAGGCAACAGGCCAAAGCAAAGGCAUUGAACGGUCACAUUAACGGAUUGGCUGCAACAAAUGGUGCAUAACACCUUGGCUCAGGCUAGAUUUCAUUACAGCGCAGAUACCUAAGUAAAUAACAA